ACGUAUUCGACAGUUCAAGGUUCUCCCUCGUGCUGGACAGUUGCUGGGCCAUGCCCACUAAUAACAUCAAUGACACCGUCCGCUGGAACCUCAUCACUAACGAAUGCCCUGACCCGAUGGACAGUACUGUGACCGUACUGCAGAAUGGCGUCUCCGCAUCCGGCCGUUUCUCCUUCAACAUGUUCACCUUCACUGGCUUCCCAAACAACAUCCACCUGCACUGUCAGGUUCACCUGUGCCUGCUGGAGGGGAACAACUGUGCCUUGUCAUGUGCAGCUGGAAGGAGGCGCCGUCGAACCAAGAACUUCCAUGACACUGCUGCCAUCACCAUGAGCUUCUGAUCAACUCCUGAGGAAAAGUGGAUCUGGUGUCAUUGGGCUACUGUUAGAUUGUUCUGGGUUUCUGUCUUUAAUUUAACUUCCUAAAUGAAUAAUAAGUUAUAUCUUUCUGAUUGUUGAUUUUCUGAUCUGCAAAAUAUAAUCAUGGAAUGAAAUUGUGGAAUAAUGGAACAAUAAUGAAAAUUGUAAUGAUGAAAUGUUUCUGUGAUAUAAAUGUGAUUACUGUGAUUGUACCUUCCUGAACUUCCUUUAUUCUGAUUCAUUAUUACUGAAAUAAAAUCUUUCUUAAGCAUUA